AUGAACACACAAACCGUCACAACCUCUGAGCCAGGUCAAGGGCAGAAGCCCAAGAUGAGCCGCCUCGCGAUGCUUAUCGACCUGCUAGGCGACGAUAUGCCACAGAAGCUGGACGAGCCAACACCCCAGCCUGCAAGCGAAGUGUCUCGUGUAGAUGAGAAGAUCGAAGCCGCACCCGUCAAGAAGCUCAUAAGACCGAUCUGCCCGACCAUGGAGACUGCUGCGGACUUCGAGAAGCAUAUCGCAUAUCUCAAGGGCGAGGUCGCGAACCUCGAAGCAGAGUAUCAUCUUCUGCCGCUCCAACAGCGACGAGAUAUCCGACUACUACAUGCAGAAGAGCGCCUCAUGUGCGCUGCGAUCUUCCAGCACAAGCCGAGUCUUCGUGCAUAUGACCACUUUCUCAGUACAGAUGGCGAGCUGGUCGUGGAGCCAAACCGCAAGGAGCCGUCGGCGGAGAUCUGUCCCACGACAGACUACUACGUCCAUGGGGCGCUGCGUGCUGCCCAGACCAGCUUCACGAAGGGCGAUCUCGAAGUCGCCGAGAAACACCUUCGCGAAGCAACAACGCAGCUCGACGACGCUGAAGAGAUGCUCUCCAAGAUCAGUGGGGCUGUACCAAGUGACCUUCCACUGCAGGACGGCUGGCAAGUUCUGAGCGGCUGGAACGACACCUGCUACUUCGUUCAGAAAGGUGUUUCUCUGACCACCGCCAUUGAACGCGCCCUUCGCAAGGCCUGGCGACUACAAGGCUGGGGCCUUGACAACCAGGAAAAUGGUGGUCGCCAGUACUUCCCCUGGCAUCCAUCUCAGAACACCAAAGUCUUGAACCCCAUCUAUCCAGCCAACCUCCCGGGUAUCAACGACAUGUCCUUUCCGAAGUACAAGCCAACGCCAGACGAGUGGGAGCACAUGUUCGCUGGGUACAAGACUAUCUGGGCCGACCUCUCACCCCACGACUCGGACCACCCCUCUCCACUUGAGUUCAUGGCCGACAUCGAACACGAGCACGAGUUCCUAUUCAGCGACAUGCCAGACUCACUCAAGGUCAAGACUUUCUUCCUCCGCGGCGCCGGUUUCGAAUCAACUUACUUCCACAAGCCCCUCGCCCAUGAGUCCGAAGAUCCCUACGCGAUCUGGAUCGGUCUCGACGAGGACCUCCAGGAACUUGCAGCCCUCGAACGAUACCUUCACAGGGUUGAGAUCCCGCGCUGGCACUCGGAUCGGAUCAACAAGCGCACCGGCGUUACUGGGGAGGUCGAUGAGGGCAUUGCCCGGUCGGAGGAAGUGAAGACUGUGUGGAAUGCGUUGAGAGAGCUGAGGAUCAUGAUCAAGGAGGGCAAGUUCGUGCAUGCUGCGAACGUGAACUCAAAUUACGACAAGGAGGUGGGAACGUAUAAGAGAACCAUCAGGACUGAGGAGGAGAGGGAACGCUUGCAUCGGGAGAUCAGAGAGAGAUGGGACAGGGAGGAAGCGGCAGAGAGGGCGGAGAAAAUCAAUAAGGGGGCGGAGGAGGAAGGCCAAGGAAGCGGGGGAGGCAGUGCUGCAGAUGAGGCUUGUUAUGAGAUGCAAUCGCCGGUCGAUUGGGUCGAUGAUGUAGACUGA